UUCAUCCGGACAUCCACGGGUUGGCAGCGUCUCGAGUGGAUCCAUUUCUCCGUCAACAUGAAACUCAUCGCUCUCCUCAUGGUCCUGAGCCUCGCACUCGGAUCCCAGGCCUACCUGUUCCCCUGGCAGGAAGAGCACCGGACGAGGUUGGAACAGGCGAAGGAUGCCUUCUGGGAGUACGUCAGCCAGAUGAGUAACAUGGCCAAGGAGACGCUGGAGGCGGUGAAACAGUCAGAACUGGGGCAGGACCUCAAUGAGCGGAUCGCCCAGAGUGUCAACAGCGCCAACCUGUAUGCAGCAGAGGUGAGCGAGAAAGUGCAGCCCCUGGCCCAGGAACUGGUGGAGCAGCUGAGCGCCAACGCCGAGAUGAUGCGCCAGCAGAUCGCCCGCAACCUGGCCGAAGUGAACCAGCGCCUCUCGCCCUACGCUGAGCAGCUGCGGGAGCAGCUGAGCGCCCACGUCACCAAGCUCGGCCACUCCCUGAAGGAUCAGGUGGACAUCAAUGCCGAGGCGAUGGGCCAGGAGCUCCGGGAGAUGGUCCGGCUCAGUGUGGAGGCCUUUGAGGAGAAGAUGGCACCCUACUCGGCUGAGGUCCAGCUCAAGGUCAACCAGGGCAUCGAGCAGUUCCAGCAGGGCCUGGUUCCCUUCGUGGAGGAGAUGCAGGCCAAGGUGGUGCAGCACGCCCAGGAGCUGCAUGAGAACCUCCGGCCCUACGCUGAGGACGUCAGCGAACAGCUCUCCACCUACGACCACAACGUGCGGCAGAAGAUCAACGCCAUCCUGGAGGAGAUCCAGAAGGAGAACUGA